AUGAACAACACCACUUGGUCAGGAGGUCCUCCACCGCCGGGACAAAUGCCGCCACAGCAAACGCCUGAUCCAGCACCACAAUAUGGACAAGGCCCGUCAGGAUACAACAUCCAGCAAUUCAAAGUACUCGAAGACUCCAUCCGUGCAGCUCAGACCAAUCAAGUCCUCUACGAGAUUUCUCGACUAGAGACGAAACAUCGCUUCUCCCUUUCCGAGAAACCAGCCAUCGAGAUCAGACGCUCCAAGACGGAGCCGCCAUUGGGGACUGUCCGUGCCCAUAGAACGUCACAGGAUGUGGACCUCACGAUACACGGUCGAGCGACGACAAUCAAACUGGAACCCCUGAUGGAGGAAAAGUGGUGCUAUACAUCAGUAUCCGGUCCGAGCACGACGUUUUGGUGGUCAGAAGGUAAUGGCUUGGGCGCAGAUGAAGACGAUGGGCUGGAUUUGAAUGAGGAAGAUCACCUGGGUCUGGACGAUGAAGUUGGACUGGGCUUGGACGACAAAGACGACGGGCUGGGCCUGGACGAUGGGGAUGGGGAAUCAGACACUCUGACGUUAAAGGAUGCCAAGAAGGGUGGCCGUUUCAUCGCACAGAUGAAGCACGACAUCCUGACAAUCCAGACACCGGGCCUAGGACAGGCCAUGACGGACGAAAUCAUGAUUUCGGCGGUAGGCAUGCGUGAAGCUAUCAAACUCAAGCGUAAGCAGGAAAAGGCGGCUCUAAAACUGAUCGUCAAGGCCGCUGGGCUGGGUUAG